AUGCUAACGGCAAGAGCUCGCAACAUGGAACGAAUAUACCAAGACGUCGAGGGCGUGGUUUAUGUAGAUGCCGCGGAAUAUCGAAAUUGCAAGGGCAUGUCCGUCGUAGCGGUGGGCGCGGAUGGUGAGCCCCUCGUAAGCGGGACCGUGGCGACGGACAACCCCGAGACAGCGGAGGAGGCGGCCAUCGCACUAGCGGUGGCCUCCACCAAAGCUAAAAUUAUUAUGAGCGACUCGAAGAUCGCCAUCCGAAAUUUCGCAAAGGGGCGCAGCUCGUCAGAGGCGCUCAAAAUUUUAAGAACGUACGGUGACCAUCACCAACAGCGGCAACGCGGGACGAUCCAAAUUAUUUGGUCACCCGCGCACUCCUCGCUCCCAGGCAACGAGGCGGCUCACACGGUAGCUCGAGGUCUUACUCGCCGAGCCAGUGAGCCCGCCCAACCGGGAACGCGAGGAGACCGCAUGUCCACCUAUCCAGAAAUUACGAAUCACUAUCGACUGGGACGGGCCCGGUACCCACCGGCUCAAGCUGAACUCACUAAGAAGCAGGCGGUGGCCUGGAGCCUCCUCCAAACCAACAUGUACCCGAACCCGGUGGCCUGUAGCCGGUUCUACCCGGGACAAUUUGAAAAUACGUGUAAAUUCUGUAAGAAGAAGGCGGAUCUGCCACAUAUCUUAUGGGCAUGCUUUCGGGCGGCACCGACCAUUGAUGGCCGCAAAAUCCAAGACCCUGAGCAUUGGGAGGCCCUACUGCUCAGGUCAGACCCACAAGAUCAGGUCUGGGCGACCCGGCUAGCCGAAGAAGCCGCCGAGGUCCAGGGGAUCUCGGCCGUCUUCUAG